UAAGAAUGAUGGAGGGGGGCGCUAGAGAGCGUGCUAUGGAAUAGACAUGUUUUGUUAGAGCUCUGCUCAAUUUUGAAACAAAUUCAUAUUUAUCUUAAUCUCUCACAACCUAUAACUUCAAACAUUGUCUGGCAAUAUGACAAAGGGAAAAGGCACCAAAAAAGGAGGAUCUAAACAAGAUAAUUUGGAUGAGACAGACAACGAACCGAUUUCAACAUCGCUGAACCACGAGGAGUUAGCUGAAGAUGCUGGCUCCCAAGAGCUCCCCACAGAACCUAUUCCAAGUGACCUACUGGCCACUACAAACUCACUAAGCAAGAAGGUGGACACAAGGUUGGCUGAUAUCUCAAAGAGUAUUGGGACUUUGACUGAAACUGUGAAGGCAACCAAGGGCAGGGUGCAUAAGGUCGAGCAGACGACAGUUGAUCACGAGGCCAGGCUACAGGACAUAGAGAAACAGUGCACAACGUUAAAAAAUGACAACAAAACCCUGAAAGCCCAACUGGAAAUGCUCGAGUCACAUACAAGACGUCCUAACAUCCGAAUAUUUGGGAUCCAGGAGGACACUAAGUAAGGGAAACCCACUUAAUUUGUUUCAGAGCUGAUACCGGCAUUGCUGGAGAGUGAACACUUCAAAACGCCCAUCCUGAUUGACCGUGCACACAAAUCACAGGCAAUGAAGCCGGCCAAGGGCGCGCCACCAAGGCCAUUCAUCGCACGGCUGCACUAUUCCCAGACCAGGGAUCUCAUCCUCAAGCUGGCUAGUCAAAAGUUCCCCUUUAACUACAACGGAGCCAGGGUGUCUUUCUACCCAGAUCUUAUUUUGGAUGUGAGGAACCAACGGAAAGAGUAUGAUGAGAUGCGCAAGAAAUGCAGGGUGGAUUCAUCUUCCUAG